GCGCUAUCGAUAAGCUAUCGUAUCUGCAUGGUUUUCUUUGGAUUUCCUCAAAUUUCAAGGCACUUUUCUAAGUUUACCAAGAUGUCGAAAAGCGCGCUGGUGAUUUUGGCUCCCGGAGCGGAGGAGAUGGAGUUCAUCAUAGCCGCCGACGUUCUGAGAAGGGCGGGCAUCAAGGUCACCGUAGCCGGUUUGAAUGGCGGGGAAGCGGUGAAGUGCUCGCGGGAUGUGCAGAUCCUGCCGGACACCUCGCUGGCCCAGGUUGCCUCGGAUAAGUUCGAUGUGGUGGUGCUGCCCGGCGGACUGGGUGGCUCCAAUGCCAUGGGGGAGUCCUCGCUGGUCGGUGACUUGCUGCGCAGCCAGGAGUCUGGUGGCGGACUCAUCGCCGCCAUCUGUGCCGCGCCCACCGUUUUGGCCAAGCACGGCGUCGCCUCCGGGAAAUCCCUCACCUCGUAUCCCUCAAUGAAGCCCCAGCUGGUGAAUAACUAUAGCUAUGUGGACGACAAGACGGUGGUCAAGGAUGGCAAUCUGAUCACCAGUCGAGGUCCUGGCACCGCCUACGAGUUCGCCCUCAAAAUCGCCGAGGAGCUGGCGGGCAAGGAGAAAGUCCAGGAGGUGGCCAAGGGUCUUCUUGUGGCCUACAACUAACAUAUUUACACUUAUUUAUGAAAACAGAUUGUUUCAAGAGCAACUCAUGCAAACAACAACUGAAUUAAAAUAAAAUUAUUCAAGACAG